UCCUGGUGCAUUAUAAUCAGGACGCGUGUAUCUCUACCGGAGACUGAAGUGAUGAAAAGCGGGUGAGUUUGUGUGGAGAGGCGCCGGAAGCAGCAGGUUGGUGGAGGACAACAGAGAGGGGAGCACGGAGAGAGAGGGGAGAGAUUAUCCCCCCGGGGCUUUUAGGAGCUACAUCGCUUCAUAUUUUUGUCCGAGCGGAGCAAGAUGGCUUUGACCCAAGAAUCUCUUCUGUCAUUUUUACUGGAGCGCGGAGGCAAAGUGAAGAACUCGGAGCUACUCAACAACUUCAAGAGUCAAAUCAACUGCAGCGAUCCCGCGGAAAAGCAACACAACAGGGAGCUUUUCAAGAAGCUGGUGAACAGCGUCGCUGUGGUCAGACAGAUCGACGACGUGAAGUUUGUAGUAGUGAAGAAAAGGUACCAGGACUUUGUUAAAGACGAUGCCUCGCAGAAAACGCAGAUGGAUGACAGCUUCUCGAGUCAAAAUACGAGCUUUUCGUUCUCAUCUCCUCAUCGACCCGAGUCAAAGAUGCUCCAUGCAGACAUUGAGAACAAUAAUAUGUGCUAUCCCUCAAACACAAAUGGUGGUUAUUACACUGAUGCCAAACACAUGCCCGCGGGGAGCCUGCACAAAGAGAGGCCUUUAUCAAGAAAGGUUAGUAGCGUGGACACAACCACUGUCAAAGUCCUGAAUAUCUCCGGGGAUCAAGCGAGCAGAGCGGGCAAAUCUGGAGCUGUGUUCGCUGUCAUAGCAGUAAAAUCCCCACCUAGAGUGUUUGCACCAGUAACACAGGGUGGAUUGCAUUCCCAGAGGCCUCUGCGUAAAGCUUCAGAGAAACCAAUCACACCAUCAGUGCCAAAUCUGAAUUCUUACUUUCCAGCUUGCAUGAAAGAUGCAUUGAGUGACUCUCAAAGUUGGAAAAACAGACAGACAGAUGACAUGCAGCUCCCAAGCUUUCCCCAGGCGAGGCCCCAAAACAAAACCACAAGACAAGGAGAUGAUGCCAAGUACUCUGAGUCGGUGCCUUUGGAGCCAUUAGCUCAUGAGUGGUUGGUCAAGUGUGCUGCUGGACUGUGGGGACAAAUCUAUGCUCUGCUGCUGCAGGACGCUCGUUUAGCACAGAAGAAAGACUUCAUGUCAGGUUUCACUGCACUGCACUGGGCUGCCAAGGACGGCAACGGCGAGAUGAUCCAUAAGCUGAUGGACAUCUCCAAGAAAAGAGGCGCUUACAUCGACGUCAACAGUAAAGCUCAUGGAGGAUACACACCCUUGCACAUCGCAGCUAUUCACGGCCACACUGAGGUGAUGCUUCUGCUCGUGCAAAGAUAUGGAGCCAAUGUAAAUGAGAGAGAUAACGAUGGCAAGAAGGCCUACCACUACCUGGGCGAAGGGGUGUCGGAUGAGGUCAGAGCGCUGCUGGGAGGACUGAAGAACAACAAGUACAGGGAGAAGACAGAAUAUGAGGAAUACAGAGAGCAGCUGAAAGGCUUCAACACGAUUAGUAAGCUGUUCCAGCCUCACACAGCGAAGAAGCAAAAGCCAACGACAAGGUUUGCUCAUGACUGGUGAGAAUGACACAAAAAAGAAGCAGAGACAUGGACAAUAAACACUGUAAGAAAUAAACACAACUUGUUUAUUAAGCUUUAAAUCAUUUAAAGUCUAAAAUUAGGACUGAGUUAGUACUUAUUGCAAGCUCUAGCUGUCUUGUACAGUGUAUCACUGUAUUUAUGGAGUAUAUUUAUAAUUGUCUUUUUAUGUCUGUAGUUAAAUUUUAUGUAUUAACCCUCAUUAUUUUGCAGCCAUUUAACUUGUUUUAUUAAUAGUAACACAAACAACCUGUAGUACAUAUUGUCAUUACCUAUAGUGUAAUAAAUCUUUAUGAGUAACGUCUUGAUUCAUGACUUCAAAGUAUGAGGAAAUAUGAAAACAGACCACUCCUGGGAAACAGUUGCUAUCAACACCACUGUGAAACGUCAAUGUGUUGUUUAUGAUUAAUGCAAGCAGAUCAUGUGUUUAUAUUCUGAUCAUCAAAAAUUAAAUCAGUUAAAGUUCUUUAAAGCAGAGUAUUGUAGAAAA